AUGCGGUUGCUCAUCUCAGUACACGGAAAAGAGCGUCUCCGCACUGUGACAGUGAUUACACGCCCGCGCCAAAAAGCCAAUCAUAUUUUUGCUAACAUCUUCUCUCUAGUCCGUUCAACCGAAAAGACUCCUUGCGUUACGCCGUCUCCACACCACAGCCGUCAAGCUAGCGUUGAAAAGGUAGUAGCGAAGCUCCCCGACCCCCAGAUCCGUUCUCCAGCUUGGGCGAAGGACUGUAUAGACCGCGAUGACCACCGCUGCGUCAUAAGUGGAGCAGUAACAGAAGCUGAGUGGGUAAAGAACGGCGGAGUCGAGGGUGAGUUCUGGGGGAAACUUGAAGUGCAUCAUAUGAUCCCGUUCUCGUUGGGAGGAUUUGACAAACAGGAUGAUCAUGAUAUUGCUGUUAAGUGGGCAUCGAUCUACACCGCCUUCCCUCAGAUGAAAGCAAGAAUGCGAGUCUCAAAGAUGAAUUCUUUGGAGAACGUUAUCACAUUACACAUUAUAGUGCACGUUGAGUUCCAGGCGUUUGAAAUUGCGCUCCAACCAACGGAGUAUACGAACUGCUAUAGUGUAAAGGAAUACCCUCGCUUCAGUAGUAUCCUUUAUCCUCAUUUUCAAAACGGUGCCAAGGUCACUCUCCGUCAGGCGGACGGGUACCAGGAUAAGGCACUCUCUGCUAGGGAAUUUCUUGAUACUCACUUUCGUCUCUGUGAGAUAUUUCAUGCAUCUGACCUCGCUAAAGAGGUCGAAGAGAACUCUGGGCGCUGGGACCAAAUCAAGCAGCAAAAAGCUGGCCAUUCUUUAGAGGAGGACGGAUCAACCAACCUUGCCGAGAUCUUACAGACUGCUCUCUUUGACGUUACUUAG